CUGUCCUGGCACCGCUCCAGGUGUGCUUCUCACUUGACAGAAGCUACGGUGGUUAGCCCAGUCAGUCGGUCGGCAUGUCCUCCCUGUUCAACAGCUUCCCCAUCCGUAUGGAUGGGGACAACUUGCCAGGCCUGCUCAACGAGGGCUUCAGGCAAUUCGGAUUUCAGAUGCCUGACUCAGGGGGGUCAUUUCGCUUACCUGGCAACCUUGGAAAUCUGCGGGGUGCCUUCAAAAAUUUGGUCAACAGUGGCGGCCAGGGCGAGGGAGGCUCUGGCGGUACGCCCUGGACAAAGGGAAGUUACCACCUCAAGAACAGGUUGCUCAAGGGAGGAUUGACCGGAUUUGGAGACGUUUUCCAUCCUGGCAAGGACGCUUUCAAUUUGGGAGACAAAGGAUCUGGUAUUCGCAACAGAGGCACUGUCCAAGAUUUCAUCAAAUUGCGUGACGAUUGUUUGGCAAGUGGCGCCUUAUUCGAGGAUCCCGAGUUUCCCUGCACAGAUACGUCAAUUUUCUUCAGCAGACGACCACCACGUUCCUUUGAAUGGCUCCGUCCAACGGAAAUCACGUCCGAUCCAAGGUUGUUUGUUGAAGGUUAUUCUAGAUUUGACAUCCAGCAAGGAGAAUUAGGCGACUGCUGGUUGUUGGCUGCAGUGGCCAACUUGACCCUUCACAAUUCACUUUUCUGCCAGGUGGUUCCUCAUGACCAGAGUUUUACCGACCAAUAUGCAGGCAUAUUCCAUUUUAGAUUUUGGCAGUAUGGACGUUGGGUAGAUGUUGUAGUGGAUGACCGACUUCCAACCUAUAAUGGCCAGCUGGUGUUCCUCAGGUCUUCCCAGCAAAAUGAGUUUUGGAGCGCCCUUUUGGAGAAGGCUUAUGCUAAGCUGCAUGGUUCUUAUGAGGCCCUUAAAGGUGGAACUACUUGUGAGGCCAUGGAGGACUUCACUGGUGGAGUCACCGAGUGGCACGACCUGCAGAACCCUGAUCCGAAUCUUUACAAGAUUCUGCUGAAGGCCUUUGAACGGUCGUCUCUGAUGGGCGCUUCCAUCGAGCCUGAUCCUAGUGUGUUGGAGGCACGGACGCCCGAGGGCCUUGUCAAAGGUCAUGCAUACAGUAUCACCCGCGUCAAGUACGUGGACAUCACAACGCCAACCAUGUCUGGCAAAAUUCCUCUCAUCAGGUUGAGGAAUCCUUGGGGAAAUGAGGCAGAGUGGAACGGUGCUUGGUCCGAUAAAUCUGCGGAGUGGCGCUUUAUUCCCCAGAACGAAAAGGAGGAAAUUGGAUUGACUUUUGAUGACGAUGGUGAAUUCUGGAUGUCGUACAGAGACUUCACCAAAUAUUUCUCACGUCUUGAGAUCUGCAACUUGAAUCCUGAUUCCUUAACUGAGGACGAAAUUGGAGAUGGCAAGAAGUGGGAAAUGAGCGUGUUCGAGGGCGAGUGGGUCAGAGGCAUCACUGCUGGCGGUUGCCGUAAUUUUAUUGAGACAUUCUGGCACAACCCCCAAUACAUCAUCACACUAGAAGAUCCCGAUGAGGACGAUGACGAGUCCAUGUGUACAGUCAUAGUUGCUUUGAUGCAGAAAAACAGGAGGUCGCAGAGAAAGAUGGGUGCAGAGUGCCUAACCAUUGGCUUUGCCCUUUACAAGCUUGACAACCCGGAAAAUCAACCGAAGCCUCUUCCCCUUGAUUUCUUCAAGUACAAUGCCUCUGUCGCAAGGUCUAAGUCAUUCAUCAACCUGCGAGAGGUUUCUGAAAGGUUCAAGCUGCCCCCUGGCACUUAUUGCAUUGUACCUUCCACAUUUGAUGCUAACGAAGAAGGAGAAUUCCUUCUUCGAGUGUUCUCUGAACACAUGAAUAACAUGGAGGAAAAUGACGAAGAAGUUGGGUUGGGUGAAAUAGAUACCAGAGUCAAAGACGAUCCUGAACUCAAAAAUGAGGAGGAUGAAGAGUCAAACAACAAGAUCAAAGAGUUCUUCAAAAAACUUGCUGGGGAGGACAUGGAGGUUGACUGGAUGGAAUUGAAGCAACUUUUAGAUUUUGCCAUGAAAGACGACUUCCCACAAGGCGCCCCAACACUUCCAAUGCAACCCUCGGACUCCUUCCUCGGAUCAAUUAUGUCUCUCUUAUGCGGAGUCGUGUGCAAAGAUACGCCACUUGGACAAAUGUUUGAGCCUCAAUUUGAGGGAUUCUCGAAGGAAACUUGCCGCAGUAUGGUGGCAAUGAUGGACGUCGACCGCUCUGGCAAGCUCGGACUGGAGGAGUUCAAGAUUUUGUGGAUGGACGUCCGAAACUGGAGGUCAGUCUUCAAACUUUACGACAAGGAAAGAACCGGGUCGUUGAGUGCUUUUGAGCUGCGCCAGGUUUUGAACUCUGCUGGUUACCGUCUCAACAAUCACAUCCUGAACAUUCUCAUGCACCGAUAUGGCACAAAGGAGGGCAGAAUCUCGUUCGACGACUUCAUCGCUUGCGCUGUGCGCCUCAGAUCAAUGAUUGACAUGUUCAAGGAAAGGGAUCCUGACAAUACCAACACAGCUGCAUUUACACUUGAGGAAUGGGUGGAAAAGACCGUGUACUCGUAAGCAAAGCCAAAUCAUAUAAUGAUAUUAAAUAUUUAAUCAAGGUGGCCUAUUUUGACUUGCGAUGAGUUUUUUUUUAAAUUGUUCUGAUUAAUGUUUACCACCUUUUUUACUUCAAAACUUUUUUGUGCCUGUAAAAAUGAUUUCAUCUGCUAAGCGUUUUUGUACGAAACUUCGGAAAUCAUUUCAUCACUUUUUACUUACGAAAUUGGCCACCUGAAUUAUUGCAAUUUCAGUGUUGCACACUAUGUAAACGCGCAACUAGUUUUAAAAUGAGGCCAAAAUAUUUUGCUUCGGGAAGUAAUAUUUAUUAAAUAAUAAUUGUUUUUUGUGGUAAUCAAAAGCCUAGCUUAUUGCGAACGUACCUCUUUGCUAUUAAAAGAGCAUAAUUUAUUGUGCUGAUUUUUUAAAAUUAAAACGUUUCUAUGGCAAUUUUAUUCUGAUAUACAAGUGAACUACGAGAUCCCUGGGGGAUUCAGAGCUAUUAUUAUUAUUAUAUUUAUAACAAUAAGGUCGAUUUGAAAUUAUGCAUGUGCUCACAAAUUGGCUUUUUAGCUUCAAAAUAUAUGUAUAUUUAAAAUGAGAAAUCUCAAAGUACUUUUAUUUAUCACACCACAUAACACACUCGAAUCAAAAAUUGAAUCCACUGUUUCAUGCAAUAUCAUGAUGAGUGAACUGGCCGGAUUAUGUAAUUCUGUUUAAUUUAAAAGUAGAUUUUUACAAAAAA